CAAACAAACUAACACAUUUACAAUAUUGGUUAGACGCAAGUGUUGGACAUGAGGAUUAUGAUCCUGAUUUGUCAAUUGUAUCUUCUGUUGUAACACUCAUAUUGCUUGUUUAUCUAUUGUUGAAUUUCGGCUCGAUUUUGGAGUUCGCAGCCUCCAUAGUUCGAACCAAGGUUUUGGAGGUCCGGACCAGUGCUUGUUACGCGUUUCUGGAGCAAUCUGUUAUUUUGGCCCGCGGUUUGGUCCGGACCAAUUCGUCCGGACGAACCUCAGCACCUUAGGGCGUUCGGACCUCGUCCUGACUUUGUCCGGACAAACUUCGGCUGAUUGUUCCAGAUUUGAUCGUCGCUCUCUGAUAUUUUGAUCCGGACCGCCGUACACUUGGUCCGGACCAGCGGGCAUGCAGAACAGAGCGUUUGACUUCUUUUUUAGGGUUUUUUUGGGGGCUCCAAAGCCCAAUAUGAUUAGGACUUGUUAGGUAACUUAUCUUUGGGUAUAAAUACACUUGUUAUGCCUCUUUAUUGGUAUGAGAGCAAAUAUAUUAGGCAAUUGAUUAAGCUUUGAGAGAAUUGCCUCCUUGUUUUGGCUUUUGGCAGGAGAGAGUUCUGCAGACUUCUUCUUUGUAGCUCUCUUUGAGCAUUCGUAUUUGAUUAGUGAAGCCAUCGAUCGAUUGCCUGUGGACUAGGCUUACAUCCCAAAGUAAGACCGAACCACGUAUAUCUGUGUGCCUGUCUCUCCUUUUGUUUGAUUUCUCUCUCCUUCUCUCACAUUUGGUUUGAUUAGAUUGGUUUGCUUCACACAUCUGUUUGUUUUUCGAUUCAAUAUUCGUAAUCAGUGUCUGUUUGUUCGGCUUCCACACAACAUCUAUUUCUUACCAUGAUUAGGUUCGUCUAACUGCAUCUGUUUCUAUUCUGAAAUUGGCAUUUUCUCUCCUUUUUUCGUUACUAUUUCAGUUUUCUAAAAUCAAUUGGGAUUUCUUAGUCGUUGUCUGUAUCGCUGAAUCGUUGUUUCCUUUCGUUUCAUCUUAGAUCUAUGGAUGGUGUACAAGAGUUUAUUAGGUUAGGGACUAAGCCUAACUUUUUUUUAUUUUAUAUUAAAAUAAGCUGUAGUACCCUACCCCAACCCGACUCUCACCAUGAAUAGAAGUGUCAACAUCCUCUAGAGUUGAACUCACAAUCUCAUUGCACUAAAAUACAGCUACACAAUCGUUAGGCUCAACUGUAGUACCCAUUUUUCGCUGAUAAUGGCGUGGAUAAUUUUAUGUUCUGUUGUACAUCCCUUUUAGAUAAGGAUUAAGCUUAUCUUGAACGUCAUCUAUGGUUUCUGCAACUAUCUCUGAGGCGUCACAGUUAAACACAAAAAUGAAAUGUUGAAAGAUUUUACGCAGUUUCUCACUUUUGUUGUUAAUUUUCUUGUUUUUGAACUUGGUUUUCUUGAUACUUUGUUCCAUGUUAUUAUACUAACCCCAACCCAAGGGCCAACGCAACCCAUCAAUAAAAGUAUCAACAUGCUCUAUGUAGGAGUUGAACUCACAAUUUUAUUGCACUUAAAUACAACUACACAAUCCUUGGGCCGACUAUCCCAGUUAGGCUCAACUUGUAAAUUUGUAGAUUUAUUAAUGGCGAGGAUAAUAUUAUGUUCUGUUGUACAACCCUUUUAGAUAAGGUUUAGGCUCAUCUUAAACGUUCUCUAUGGUUUCUGCAACUAUCUGAGUGUAUAUCCGCAUUCAAAAUUAACCACAAAAAGGAAAUUUUCAAAGAUUUUUCGUAGUUUCUCACUCUUGUUGUUACUUUUGUUGUUUUUGAACUUAGUGUUACUGAUACUCUGUUCCGUGUUAUUCUGUAGAUAGAAAAACUUACAUAUUUUUUAUCAUUUCAGUUUUAAUGAAUCAAUUGAAACUGCUGAUAAGUCAUUGCGUUUGAGGCUUGGUCCUUUAUGAAAUGCAAUACCUUCAACCAGGGUUUUUUUUUGGCAGAGAAUCCAUGAAAAGAGGAAGAAACCCGAGGGCUUUCAAUGCACAUGAAGUUGACAAAGAAUUGGAUGAACUCAAAAAACAUGGAAAACUGUAUUUGGGUCCGUCCAUGGCAGACCUCCCAAGGCCUCUCUCCUUGUGUAUUCUGCUAAGACUCCCUACAAAGAGACUACUAGUAUGCAGAUGUGUUUGUAAGACUUGGCGAAAUAUAAUAUCUGACCCUCAAUUUGCAAAACUCCACUUUUCGAAGGCAGAGGCGUUUCCUCUUGUCCGAUCUUUAUCCCCUACCCACAUAUCAAGAAACCUUUACUUGGUUGAGCCACCUGAACACAGCUCUGGUUUUGAUCUGCGUGACUGCUGUGAUUGUUAUGGAUAUUCUUCGUCCGAGUGCCAUUUUCACAUGAAGCUUGAAACCAAGUUAAAGAUCCCACUUCGAAAUGAGGAACUAGCGAUGAACAGUGAAGGGGAUGUGAAUGUGAGUGGUAACUCUAAAGGUGGGGUUAAACGAAAGCGGUGCAUCAAGUUGAGGCCCAAGGAUCACAAGCUCAAUUUGGUGAAUUCUUGCAAUGGGUUUCUUUGUUUGUCUGAGCCAUCAAGGAAUGAUCCUGUUGUCGUGUGCAACCCAAUCACUGGGGAGUUUAUAAACCUUCCGGUCCUUACAUCAGCAGAUGAGAGUUUUUCUAGAAAGUUUUGGGAUUGUGGUUUAGGAUUCAGUCCAAAGACAAAUCAGUACAAGGUGAUUAGGAUGUUUGAUCAACAAGAACAGGUCAAUGAACGUAUUCGUGAUCCCAUUACAGGCAGGGAAAGUUUUAGUCCAAGGGUGGCUGAGAUACAUACAUUGGGAACGGAGUCAUGGAAAAGAAUUGGGUGCGCACCUUCAUCAACGUACGGAUAUAAGCUCGAAUUCCCCUCUUAUCUUAAUGGUGCUCUUCAUUGGCUUGUUAUGGACUACAAUAGCUCUGAAUAUAUAACUUCUUUCAAUUUUGACAAGGAGAUAUUCCAACCAAUUCCACCACCUCCACUCGAACGUGGCAUGAUUGGCUGGGAGUGGGAGACUAUGAAGGACAUUGCGUUGGGUGCAUUGAAAGACAGGCUUUGCAUAUGUCAUCAUGAUUAUGUUUCUUUUGAAAUUGAGGUAUGGGUGAUGAAAAAAUAUGGUGUCCGAAAAUCUUGGAAAAAUGUGUUUCGUAUUGAUACCACAACUAAGGAGUCAAGGUGGCUUCAUGGCGUGUAUGAACCGAUAAGUUACUUGAGAAACGGAUCUAUCCUGUUUUUUCAUCGUUUUGCCAAUGCUGUGGUUUAUUAUAAUGCCAAAGGGCGGUUCAGUUCUCUCAAGUUUCUGAAGAUUCGUGGGGUUAAAUCUAAAUAUGAAGCAAUUGCUUAUACUCCAAGCUUCAUCUCACUCAAUAAUGCAGUGAUAGGAGAUAAUCUGGCCACGUUGAAUGUCGCGUCAAGGUGUGCAGGAAUGAAACUGCAGGGCGAGACCAAAGCUCUUUUCUUAAGAGAGGAAGAUGAAGAUUGGGAUUCGGAUUUUGAUUAGUCAUCCGAUCCUGAUAAUGACGUUACUGACUAGCUAGUGCUGGUUGCAAAAUUGAUGAAGGGGCGAGUAAUGGAGGCACAAUUUAUGCAGCCAAUAAGAGUGUUGAGUUUUUGCAGUUCAAGCUUAUAUCGAGAAUCCUUUCCAUUCUCAUUUCUGAACUUCUUGUUUUGGUUUCUUUGAGCUUGUUUUUGGAUCAAGGAUUUGGAGGAAAAGGGAAAUUAAACGAAAACCGUAUUGCUGGCGUUCUGGAUUCAAUAUCUUGUUUUCACUGUACUUUUCUUUUGCCUCUAUGAAUCAGGUUUUGCUAAUCCUUGAUCCAAGUAUGUAUCAGCUGAAGACGGUUCGUGGGGAUAGAAAGACAUAACUUUUGUGGGUUUGAACUUGUUUAAUAUGUUAUUUCCACUAUCUAAUCAUCCA